AUGUUCUCUAAAAGUCAUGAUGAUACUUAUGAAAAUCAUUUGAAAAAAAGGGAAAAUUUGCCAAAUGCUUCAGCUAUGAAAAAUAUUUCAAAUAAUGAUUCAUUUCAAAAGAGGCAUAAAUCAUUACGAUCAAAUAAAAUAUGCAAUAUAAAUGAGGAAGAAAAUCAAGCUCCAUCAACUGUAACAAAUACGCCACAACUGAAUUCAAUAGAUUCGAAUAAAAGUUGUGAAAAAGCUAAGCAAUCAUUAAUUGAGACUUCUGCACCUACUUCACUUACUUCAAAACAACCUGCGACAGAAGCGCCAUCAGCAACAACUCACGAGACAAAAUGGCAAUAUUUACUAAACAAAUGGGUUUUAGAUACAAAAGAUGAAUUUUAUUAUUAUUGGUUAAGUAUAGUAUCAUGCGCAUUUACAUAUAAUUUAAUCGUUGUUAUUGGUAAACUUUUUUUUCUCCUUUCUCGAUCAGUUUUUAAUGAUUUGGCUUAUGGAUAUUAUUGGAUUGCUUGGCUAUUAGUCGACUUUAUUAUGGAUAUUACUUAUGUGCUUGAUAUGUUUGUACGUUCUAGAACAGGUUUCCUGGAACAAGGAUUACUUGUUCGAGAUAUUUCACGCAUUAGCAAACUUUAUUUGAAAUCAUUACAAUUUAAAUUGGAUAUAAUUAGUGUUCUUCCAUUUGAUCUUAUCUUAUCAUUUAUAUUUCAACGAUCAAUACCCUAUUUACGUUUCAAUCGUAUCAUUCGUUAUCCACGCUUUUCGGAUUUUGUUGAUCGCACUGAGACAAGGAGUUCGAUGCCAAAUGCAUUUCGUAUAUUUUGUGUUAUUGUUAAUAUUAUUGUAAUAAUUCAUUGGAAUGCUUGUAUAUACUUCUUUAUAAGUGAAAUGAUUGGCCUUGGCUCAGAUGGUUGGGUCUAUGGACCACUUAAUAAGCAAAGUUUACCUGAUGGUGUAGAAGAUACUCUUGUCAGGCGCUAUAUUUAUAGCUUUUAUUGGUCAACGCUAAUUCUAACAACAAUCGGUGAAGUGCCAAGUCCAAAGAGAAAUAUUGAAUUUCUCUUUGUAAUUAUGGAUUUAAUGUGCGGUGUACUCAUUUUUGCUACUAUAGUCGGUAAUGUUGGCAGUGCAAUAUCAAAUAUGAGCUUAGCAAGAACAAAAUUUCAAAAUAAAAUGGAUGGCAUUAAACAGUAUAUGAAGUUGAGAAAAGUAAACAAAGAGCUUGAAACGAGAGUUAUGAAAUGGUUUGAUUAUUUAUGGGAACAUAAGCAAUCACUAAGUGAUCAACGUGUAUUAAAAGUACUUCCGGAUAAAUUGCAAACAGAAAUUGCUAUGCAAGUGCAUUAUGAAACUCUUAGAAGAGUACGCAUUUUUCAGGAUUGUGAAGCUGGUCUUUUAGCUGAAUUAGUACUAAAACUUCAGCAACAGAUAUUUUCACCUGGUGAUUACAUAUGUAAGAAAGGUGAUAUUGGACGUGAAAUGUACAUUGUUAAGCGUGGUAAAUUGCAAGUUGUAGCUGAUGACGGAAUUAAAGUCUUUGCAACAUUACAGGAAGGAGCUGUUUUUGGUGAACUUAGCAUACUUAAUAUUGCUGGAAGUAAAAAUGGUAAUCGAAGAACAGCAAAUGUACGAUCGGUUGGUUACACGGAUUUAUUUGCAUUAAAUAAAAAUGAUCUUUGGACUGCAUUAAAAGAAUAUCCGGAUGCAAGGAAGUUACUGAUUGCAAAGGGUCGAGAAAUUCUUCGAAAAGAUGGUCUACUGGAUGAAGAUGCACCAGAAGAACAAAUGACUGCUGAGGAGAUGGCUAAAAAUUUGCAAAAUACGUUGAAAAUUAUGCAAACCAAAAUGGCUCGAUUUGCAGCAGAAUUCAGCAGUGUGAAGACGAAAUUGCUAGCAAGAAUUGAAUACUUAGAAACACAAUUAGCAAAAUAUCAAAUUAAUGACAAUUCGACCAGUUCCAAUGAUGAUUAUCAGAUGAUAUGUGAUAGUUAA